AUGAAUACCACGAACGGCGAAUCGUCUCCAACGGGCUACGAGUUCGCCGGAGUUAGCAUUAGCGACAGCAAAUCUAAACCGCCGGUGAUAUACUCAGAUGGCUUCUUCGGAGGAAGAGACGUGAUUAGGAUCGUCUUAUUGGUCGCGACCGUGACACUUUCUUGUCUAUUAUUAUACAAAUCUGCAAAUAAUCCAUUCAAAAUGGUGUUGUCUCCAUGGAAUACUGAUUACUAUUCUUCAAAAAUCAUAAACGAGACUUCCUUAGAAAAGGCACCAAAGAAGGAACCAGUUUCAGAAUUAGAAAGAGUAUUAAUGAAUGCGUCUAUGGAAGAUAACACUGUGAUCAUAACGGCGUUGAACCAAGCAUGGACUGAACCAAACUCAACGUUCGAUGUGUUUCGAGAGGGUUUUAAAGCCGGGAUAGGAACAGAGAGGCUGUUGAAGCAUGUGAUUGCGAUUUGCUUGGAUAAUAAAGCAUAUGAUCAGUGCCUAAAGGUUCAUCCUCAUUGCUACUUGAUUAAUACCACGGAUUCAAACCAACUCUCCGGGCCAAACAGAUUCAUGACUCCUGGUUAUUUAAAACUCAUUUGGAGGCGAAUGGAUCUUCUUAGACAAGUUCUUGGUUUAGGAUACAACUUCAUCUUCACGGAUGCAGAUAUUUUGUGGCUUCGAGACCCAUUUCCAAGGUUUUUUCCGGACGCUGAUUUUCAAAUAACAUGCGAUGAUUAUAAUGGAAAGCCAUCGGACAAAAAGAAUCACGUCAACUCUGGAUUCACAUACGUCAAGGCAAGCAACAAGACUUCGAAAUUUUACAAAUAUUGGAUCAGAUCGAGUCGGAAGUUUCCUGGUAAACACGAUCAAGAUGUGUUCAACCUCAUAAAAAGCGAUCAUCACGUCGAGAAACUCGGGAUAAAGAUGAGGUUCUUCGACACGGUUUACUUUGGAGGGUUUUGCCAGCCGAGCAGGGACAUCAAUGUGGUCAACACCAUGCAUGCUAAUUGUUGUAUUGGUUUGGACAACAAAGUGAAUAAUCUUAAGGCAGCUCUUGAAGAUUGGAAACGAUAUGUGUCACUAAACACGACCGUACCCGUGACUAAAUGGAAUAUUCCGCCAAGGUGUGGUUAUUGAAGGCCGUAAGCCCGUAAGAGUAGAUAUACGAAUCUAGUUUCGUACGUUAAAUAGUUUCAUUGAUUAUUGUUUUUAUAUAAUCUAGUGUUGAGCUGAGAUAGUAAUAGUACGUCUUUAUUUUAUUUUUUGAAAAUAUCAAAGAUCUAAAUUUAUCA